AUGAUAUCUCGAGCGGCGGCCCCCUCGACUUCCUCUCUCGCUCACCUCUCCUCCCGCACCCUCCCUUCCGCGUCCGCCGCUGCCCGUCCGGCCCGCUCCUUUGCAACCGUCCAGGAUGGGGCUGCGCCCAAGAAACACUAUGGCGGUCUGAGGGACCAGGAUCGCAUCUUCACCAAUCUGUACGGACACCACGGGACGGACCUCAAGACGGCCAUGAAGUAUGGUGACUGGUACAAGACGAAGGAGAUCAUCCUGAAGGGCCACGACUGGUCUUUCAUGAACUUCAAGGACUGGGAAAAGGACCCCCGACCGCGCUACCUGAUCGUCAACGCCGACGAGGGUGAACCAGGCACCUGCAAGGACCGAGAGAUCAUGCGCAAGGACCCCCACAAGCUCGUCGAGGGUUGUCUGGUUGUUGGCCGCGCCAUGAACGCCAAUGCGGCCUACAUCUACAUUCGCGGCGAAUUCUACCACGAAGCCACUGUGCUCCAGCGCGCCAUCCACGAGGCCUACCAGGCUGGCCUGAUCGGCAAGAAUGCCUGCGGAACCGGCUACGACUUUGACAUCUACAUCCACCGUGGAGCGGGUGCCUACGUUUGCGGUGAGGAAACGUCUCUCAUCGAGUCGCUUGAGGGCAAGGCCGGCAAGCCUCGUCUCAAACCCCCGUUCCCCGCUGCCGUCGGUCUGUUCGGUUGCCCCAGCACGGUCACCAACGUCGAGACGGUGGCCGUGACGCCCACCAUCAUGCGUCGUGGCGCGAGCUGGUUUGCGUCGUUUGGCCGCGAGCGGAACUCGGGAACCAAGCUGUUCUGUAUUUCUGGCCAUGUCAACAACCCGUGCACGGUCGAGGAGGAAAUGUCGAUCCCGCUGCGCGAGCUGAUUGAGCGCCACUGCGGUGGUGUGCGAGGUGGAUGGGACAACCUCCUGGCUGUCAUUCCGGGUGGCUCGUCGACGCCGAUCCUGCCCAAGUCGAUCUGCGAUGACCAGAUCAUGGACUUUGAUGCUCUGAAGGACUCGCAGAGUGGUCUUGGAACGGCCGCGGUGAUUGUCAUGGACAAGUCGACGGAUGUGGUCCGCGCGAUUUCGCGGCUGUCCAAGUUCUACCGGCACGAGAGUUGCGGCCAGUGCACGCCCUGCCGCGAGGGCAGCAAAUGGACGCAGCAGAUGAUGGAACGGCUGGAGAAGGGCCAGGCACGCGAGCGGGAAAUUGACAUGCUGCUGGAGCUGACGAAGCAGGUCGAGGGCCACACGAUCUGCGCGUUGGGCGAGGCGUUCGCCUGGCCGAUCCAGGGCCUGAUCCGGCAUUUCCGACCAGAGCUGGAGGCGCGGAUCAAGAAGUACGAGCAGGAGCACGGCAAGCAGCCAUUUGCGGGUGGAUGGGCGCCCGAGUCGAGGAAUGAGGGCAAGCUCAUUUCUCCAGGGCAGUAA